AUGUCGAUAUCUGUAUCUGUAUUGACAUUAAUGGCUAUUUCAAUUGAGCGUUAUCAAGCUAUUGUUCAUCCAUUGAAAUUUACUGGAACAAAACAUCGUGCACGAAUUUUAAUUCUCUCUGUUUGGAUACUUUCAUUACUACUUGUUCUUCCAGAUGCUUUUAUGAUGACACUUAAUCGACAAUUUGCAGAUCAGCUACAUAUACAAUAUUUGAUAUAUUGUGAAUGGGAUUCACAUCCAUUAACGGAUCUUCUUUAUCAAUUACAUAUAUCACUUUGUUUAUUUGUCAUUCCGCUUUGUUUUAUGGUAUAUGCAUAUACUGGUAUUGCACGUGUACUUUGGAGUUCGUUGCCAAGUGAACGGAUAUUGAACGAUGACAAAUGUAGAAUUCAUGCAAAUCAACUCAUAUUUUCAGAUGAAUCUAAUCGCAGCAGCUUAAGAAAUUCAACUAAGUCAGCUAAUUUAGUUGUACAAGAAAAUCGACAAAAAGCAGCUAAAAUGUUAAUAUCCGUUGUAAUUAUUUUUGGUAUUUGUUAUAUUCCAGUACAUGCAUUCAAUUUAUUCAGAUAUAUCACUGUCUAUAUCGAACAUAUUACAAAUUCACAGACAAAUGAUACAUCCGACGGAGAUAAUCAAUGUGUCGAGCCUAAACGUCUCUAUCUUGAACGUACGGGCGCAGCGAACAUUGUCACGAUUAGUGCAUUAAUAUCUCAUUUUCUUCCUUAUUUCAAUUCAUCAAUCAAUCCAAUUAUUUAUAAUAUUAUGAGUGAUAAGUUUCGUAUCAAAUUUCGUGAACUAUUUUUAUCUCGUUGUUGUUGUUGUUGUAAACCAAUUCCAAGAAUGAAAUCGGCAUCUUCAAUCAUGAUGCAAUUUAAACCAUCCGGACUGGUACAAAAUUCGCUAAUGACACUAAACAGUAAUCGAUCAUCGGUGAAGAAUAAUUUUCGACAAAGUUCAACUAAUACAAUAAAUAUUGGCAGCGGAGGUGGCCUAAUUAAGACUAAGGCAAAUAAUGAUAAUAAUAACAAAAAGAUAACAAACCAUAAUGGAAUCAAUGUUUACACCCACAAUCGACCUAUCUGUUUUCGCUUGACUAAUGUGUGA